UAAGGUGUGGUGAUGUGACAUCAGUGGAUGGGCUGAGAUCGCUUCGUCCUGUUGAGGAAAGAAAACAUAAAUUUGCUUCGCUAUAUGUUUUAAGCCAUUUGAAAAGAGAACAAUGUUAAGGAGUUUUUGGUCACUGUUCUGAUGGGCAAUGAAGCACCUGACUGAUGUGCAGCACUCGAGAUGCUUCUUUGGGACUUUGACUCAAGGUCACAGUGUACCUUGGUGGUGUAAGUGCAAAGGUUGCCUUUACUUGGUCGAUACAAUAGCAGAAGAUCCAGAGGUUCUGCAAGGAGAUGCUCAAGCAUACUAUGAAAAACUCGUGAAGAAAUCAUUGCCCACUCCUGUUUUUUCCAUCCCUGGAGGACAAGAGGUUAAACUUGAAGAUUCCUGUGUGUGUUUUGUCCCUCUCUACCGAAAUAAUCCUACUUGCAAACUGUUGCUGUUAACCGAUCCAAAGGAUAAAGAGACAGUUUUGGCAGUUUAUUUGGGCCGGCGUUGGUGGCCUGUUGAAGACGUGGUGAGGACGGCUGAUCCUGCUAGAGAUGGGCUCCUUUCGGUCCAGACAUUUGCAGAAAGGAUUGUCCUCUUUGUUCUGAACUACAUUAUUUUUGGAAUGCUGGAAGGGAGCUCAGCUAAUGAUGCAUUCUUUCUACCUCACUCUGCCACCGAGCGUGCCAAGAUACUCUGGAGGAACGGCGAGGCUGUUGCCUUUUACUCGGUCAAGAUGAAAGGGAGCCUGUGUGAUGGUACAACCAGUCAGUGUUACUUGCUGCCAGUGUUGGAUACUAUAUUUGUCCGGAGAAAGUGCAGAAGAGGUGGCCUGGGGAUGAAAAUGCUGCGUGAUUUCUGUCAGUCUUUCCUGGCUGAGGAUGCCUUGGGGAUCAGCUGCCCUAUUUCUGCUGCCAUGUAUCAAGUUUGCCAGAAAUUCCUGCAGGCUUAUCCCGAGGAGCAGAAGCGACUGUGGGAGGUGGAAGCACCGGGAGAUUGGAGCCAGCGAGAGAAUAUCUGGUUGAAAAUUCAGAUGGAGUUAUCCCCUUCAGGAAAGGCUGCAGUGAGCUCUCAUAUGGAGAAUACUCCAGCCAGUAAACCCAGGCAAUCAGAUGUGGACCAGAUGAAUAAGGGUGUUGAAUGCUUUCCUGGUGCUGGGAGAGGGGCAGGAGAUGCCACAGAGAAAAAAGAUGACACAGCAGCAGCAGGGACUCUAAACCCACAAGGUCCUGAAGAAGAGGACGUGGAAAAAGGUGCUGUCAAUACUUGGCAACACAAAGGACUCAGAAAAAGAGCAGGCCCUGGGGACUUGGUUGGAGACAAGGCCACCAAACAAUUUAGAACUGCACCAUAAUUGCUGUUUCAGAAAGCAGCAAAAUUCAGUAUGGUCUUAAUAAUUGUAAUUGACUGACUGUUCUUAAUUUGUGACACUGCAGAAAUUUCUUCAGGUAAGAUGUAAUUGUUUUGCAACACGUGUUCUCCAUUUUAUGUUUUGUUUUAAAUAAAGCUUUUGUUUACUAAA